GAACCGUAGAGUAGUGGCACUGUAAAUACAGCGGAAGGGGUUUUGGAAGUAACGAUACCAAAACAGCAGACUGCUGAGAAAAUUAAAAAUGGAGGGAGGAAAAGCACAGGGAGUAGUUAUGGUGAAAUCUGUACCGCAGCAGAAUCUUAUUGAGCAGUUGCGCGUCAAAUACAAGGAGUUGGAGAAGGGGUUUAAGACAUGGUUGGCCAAGCAGUCAUUGCCUGUGGAGACGGCGGUUGUCACGGCCGGCAGCGCUGCCCAGGGCGCCCUCGUUGGGGGCAUGUUGGGCACCUUCUCCAAGGACUUCGCCACCCUUCCUCCUCCUCCUCCCCCUCCCAACCUUGACCCUCAAGCCAUGGUUUCUCUCAAGCAAGCUCAGGCUCUAAGUGGGGGUCCCCUGAUACAAGCUCGGAAUUUUGCUCUAAUGACUGGUGUUAAUGCUGCCAUAUCUACUGUCAUGAAAAGAUUUAGAGGGAAGGAGGAUCUUGAAACUAGUGUGGUGGCAGCUUUUGGUUCUGGAGCUGUGUUUUCUUUAGCAAGUGGGAUAGGUGGCCCAAAUCCUGUUACAAAUUUAUUAACAUCAGGACUCUCGUUUGCACUUAUUCAGGGUUGCAUUUUCAAGUUAGGCCAGACAUUCUCUCCAUCUCCAGCUGAGGAUAUGAACUACGUAAAAGCCAGAUUCAUGUUAUACAACCUUGGCCUCCAGAAAUAUGAGAAGAAUUUCAAGAAAGGCAUAUUGACAGACAACACAUUGCCGUUACUCACUGAGAGUGCUCUGAGAGAUGCCAAAAUCCCUCCUGGACCAAGACUCCUCAUUCUGGAUCACGUACAGAGGAACCCAGACUUGAGGAAGCAGCAGGCAAUAUGAAAUGGAAAUUUCAAACUGGUGAGCAGCGUGAGCUGUUAGAGGAAUUUUUGCUGUUACAACAUAGACAACAAGGAUAAAACGUAGUUCUUUUCUUGGAAACAGUGUUUUUGCUUCCUUUAUCCUCAGACCAAUUCCAGUUUCAGAAUUGCUUUUAAUAAUUCUUUUGUUCGGUUGGUAUAACUUUCUUUUAUGUUUCAGUCGGUCUUAUGCUUCAUUCAUUUUCGAGUUAUGAUGAAGAUUAUUAGAUGCAUAUAAGCUUUGAAAUUUUUAUCCACAUCUGGUUGAAUAUUUGCAAAUGCGGCUAUUAAAAACAUUACAGACUUUAAAGUGAUGCUUGAAACCACAACUUAUUUCACAUUCAUCAUAUAUUCUUGGUAAGUACAUGAAAUUUCAUCAACAAAGUCUUAACCGAAUCGAAAUAUAAAACAAAAACUUUAAAAUGAGAAGUGGUCCAUUGAUAUUUGGCCUCUUCACAUCCAAAUUUUCUGUUUUUGCAGUCCGGCAAAAAGAGACUUGUUCAUCAGUGAAUUAAAAAUAAAGAAAUUAAAAUAAAGAAAAAUUCAAGGAGUCUACUUUUAAUGAUCUGUACAGCACUCCUCCGCAAACUGAGCA